GUUUAGAGGCUGGAUUCAGCUGCCCGAUGACUUCACAGCUGUUCCUGAUGCCCUAAAAGCGUCUGUCCCUUCGGCUGUGUCCCCUCCACUGGAUCUGCAACGCUGACUCGGGGAUUUUCUUAUGAAAAUGCCUGCUGGGUGGGAGGAAGAUCUGGAGGUUGGCUGGGGAAAAAAUGAGUAACGCAAAGCGGUGUACUCAGUAACUGCUGCAAGAGAAAUAAAAGUAAAAGCUGGCUUCUGUCUCUGGGGACUCUAGAGUGAUUCUGACUUAUCAAGUCUCUGAGUAGAGCGGGGGGAAGCCAAAGCAAAGAACGAAGGAAAAAAAAAAAAGUGGCAGGGAGGGGCAAUCCGGCAGGGGAGGAAAUAAAAAGAGAGAGAGGGAAAGACAAGCGUCAUUUAGGAAGAGGUAGAGUCGAAGAAAGAGCUCCGGGAUCUAAAGCCAACUGUAUAGUCCAGUGUUUUCUGUCUUUUCUUUUCCCCAGAGGAGAGCCUCGUGCUGUCAAUUUAUUAACAGACGUGCUGUUACAAGCGCUCUUCCCAGAAGUUGCCGGAGGAGCUCACAGGCUGCGGUUCCCUCUCUCCCAAGUCCAGUGGUCUCCCUGGUCAUGGAUUGCAUCUGUCGGAGAGGAUAUUGCUACAUUUUGGAUCACAAAUCCUAACCUCACUGUCACUGAAUUUUUGCCAAACUGUGCCCCCACCGUGGACCCAGGAUGCGUGUUGCACUGUAUUUGAUAGUUACCCCAAUAAAGACUUGCUGACUGUCGACUGAUGUAAAAGAACAUCAUUUGUACGCUGGCUGCUGAUUUUGACAUUGAUUUGAUGCACAGUGAAUGGGCGACAGUUUGGAAAGAAUGCAUGUUAUGCCCGGAAACAUUGGCAGAGUCCAAGCUUUGGCCCUGGUGAGACGGCCCAGGUUAGUCUGUGAACUCAGCUAGGAAACGCCACUGUAAAAAUGACCGAAGAGCCCGUUAAGGAGACCGUGGGAACCCCAAAGUCCCCCAAGCCAGGGACAAUGGAGAAGAGCCCUAACAGAGAGGUAGUGGUCACCAUGGUUCCCCUGGUCAGUGAGAUUCAGCUGACGGCCGCCACGGGGGGCGCCGAGCUCUCCUGCUACCGCUGCAUCAUCCCCUUCGCCGUGGUGGUCCUCAUCGCCGGGAUCGUGGUCACGGCCGUGGCUUACAGCUUCAAUUCUCAUGGCUCCAUCAUCUCCAUCUUAGGCCUGGUCCUUCUGUCGUCAGGACUUCUUUUGUUAGCCUCCAGCGCCCUGUGCUGGAAGGUGCGACAGAGGAGCAAGAAAGCCAAGAGACGGGAGAGUCAGACGGCUCUCGUGGCAAAUCAGAGAAGCUUGUUUGCUUAGGACUGAAUGAGACCAAACGGGGUGUGUGGCCUGAAAAGCCUACUCUCACUUGAUCAGCCAGUGCGUCCAGGGCUGGUGUGGCAGAGGAUGGACUUGCAUUGCCACAGACGAGAGGCAUGGGGGUGCCUUGGGGGUGGAGGGGUUCUCGUCUGGUGUCUUCUUUCAUGACAAACUUAAUUCUAAGGGCUAUUUCUGAGACUGAAAAAUCAACUUUUUCUCUACAUUAAACGUUUUAGGGGUCACGGGAGGUAUGUGGCCUUAGACAACGUCUGAUUCACCUUGGAAAGCAGGCAAGAGAAGAUGAAAAGAUGGACAGUUCUAGCACACCAGCGACCUGCCUCCAGAAGAAAUAACCCACACUUUUAAGAUGCUGUAUCAUAAAGACAUUCUGCUGAGGGUCUAAGCUGCCUUGAACUUUGCACACUCCUAUGAAAUUCUGUGAUAAUUUUUUUCCCAGUAAGUUGAUUUCCUGGCAACUGUUUUAUUUUUCACUCUCAGUAACUCAUCACUGGUGGUACUUUUCUUGAAGAAUAACCUAAUAUUUUUUAUGUUUUAACAUUGGACAGUUUUUAGAUGAUUGUCAUGAUAAGUCAGAAGUUAAAAAAAGGUGAAAGGUGUAGCUACUAGGUGACAUGGGGGGAUAAAUUAAUAUUAAAGUAAUCCAAUAUCGCACUUUUGAUGAUUUUUAUAUUAAAGUUUAAUGUACAUUUCAUUCAAAAUAAUAAAUACUCAUUGCUGCUGAAACUUCUUAAA